UACAAAAUGGAAAUAACCGACAACAAUUUGAGCACGCUCGCCUCAUACCUCCAGCAAACGCUUCAGGUGGACGUUACGACUCGUCGUAAUGCGGAAAAAUUUCUUGAGACGAUAGAGGUGAACCAAAAUUACCCUGUUUUGUUGCUGCACCUCGUGGACAAAGCUGACAUCGACAUGGUGAUCCGUGUGGCCGGUGCGAUUGCGUUCAAGAAUUAUGUGAAGCGUCACUGGGCGGUUCCUGAGGACGGCGCUGACCGAGUGCACCCUAGUGACCGCAGUGCCGUCAAAGAGAUGAUCGUGGGCCUGAUGCUGCGCAGCCCCGAGCAGCUGCAGAAACAGCUCAGCGACGCCGUCAGUAUCAUCGGUCGUGAAGAUUUCCCAGCUCGUUGGCCGAACCUGCUGCCCGAAAUGAUUACCCAUUUCCAGAGCGGCGAAUUCCACGUCAUUAACGGGGUGCUGCGAACUGCACAUUCUCUCUUCAAGCGCUACCGCUACGAGUUCAAGUCGCAGGAGUUAUGGACAGAAAUCAAGCAUGUCUUGGACAACUUUGCAAAGCCGUUUACAGACCUGUUCGUGGCUACCAUGGAGCUGGCCAAGACUCAUGCCAACAACCCGACUGCGCUCAAGGUCAUAUUUAGCUCUCUGGUGCUGAUAGCGAAAGUAUUCUACAGCCUUAACUAUCAAGACCUGCCAGAGAUAUUUGAGGACAACAUGAAUAUCUGGAUGUCACAUUUCCUCACCCUGCUGACUGCUGAUAACAAGGUGCUGCAGACUGAUGAAGAUGAAGAGGCAGGGCUGCUGGAACAGCUGAAGUCCCAGAUCUGUGACAAUGUUGGUCUCUAUGCCCAGAAAUAUGACGAAGAGUUCCAGACCUAUUUGCCUGGCUUUGUAACAGCUGUUUGGCACCUUCUGACGACAACCGGACCUCAGGCCAAAUAUGACAUUCUUGUUAGCAAUGCCAUCCACUUUCUUUCAGCUGUUGCUGAGAGGCCCCACUACAAGCAGCUCUUUGAAGAUGCUAAUGUUCUUGGCUCAAUUUGCGAGAAAGUGAUCAUACCAAACAUGGAGUUCCGCACAAGUGAUGAAGAGUUGUUUGAAGAUAAUCCAGAAGAGUAUGUCCGCAAAGACAUUGAAGGGUCUGACAUCGACACACGUCGUCGUGCUGCCUGCGACUUAGUUCGUGCACUGUCAAAACACUUUGAACAGAAGAUCACCGAGACAUUCUCCCAAUAUAUUACAGCCAUGCUGCAACUUUUUGCUAAAGAACCAGCACGAAACUGGAAGAACAAAGAUGUUGCUAUCUACCUUGUCACCUCAAUGGCUGUCAAGGCGCAAACAGCAAAACUGGGUACCACACAGACCAGCUCACUUGUCAAUGUGGUUGACUUCUACCAGGAAUUUAUUGCUCCUGACCUUCACAAUGAGAACCUGACUGAGUUUCCAGUACUGAAAGCGGAUGCAAUCAAGUACUUAAUGGUGUUCCGGAACCAGCUGCCUAAGCAUAUGAUUCUUCAGAGUCUGCCCCAUGUGGUCCGCUUGUUUCUUGCACCAAGUUAUGUGGUUCACACUUAUGCUGCUAGUGCUGUUGACAAGUUCUUCACCAUGAAAGAUCCACAUGGGAAGGCUGUGAUUGCUGCCGCUGACGUGGGGCACAUCUCUGAACAGCUAUUGAAAAACCUUUUCCAGUCUUUCGCUCAUCCAGGCUCUGCUGAGAAUGAGUACAUAAUGAAAGCAGUAAUGCGCACAUUCUCCCUUCUGCAAGAGAAUGUGUUGCCUUACCUCAGUCAGCUGCUUCCAAUGCUUACAGCCAAACUCGUGCAGGCUAGCAAGAAUCCCUCAAAACCCCAUUUCAACCACUUCCUCUUUGAGACACUCAGUUUGUCCAUCAGGAUUGCCUGUGGAAAAGACCCGUCGGCAGUGACAGGCUUUGAGAGCAGCCUGUUUCCUGUGUUCCAGGAUAUUCUUCAGCAGGAUGUGCAAGAAUUUGUCCCCUAUGUUUUUCAGCUGCUCUCCCUCAUGCUGGAAUGUCACAGUUCACCUGUGCCUGACCCAUACAUGGCACUAUUCCCCUGCUUGCUUGCUCCAGUGCUUUGGGAACGGCCAGGAAACAUCCACCCACUGGUUCGUCUGCUGCAGGCGUUCAUUGAGCGGGGUGCUGCACAAAUUCUGGCUGCUGAUCGUCUGAUGGGUGUACUGGGGGUCUUCCAGAAGCUUAUUGCCUCCAAGACCAAUGAUCAUGAAGGAUUCUACAUUGUGCAGAGUAUUCUGGAGCACAUGAGCACAGAUGCCGUGGGCCAGUACAUAAAGCAAAUUUUCCUGCUGCUCUUCCAGCGUCUACAAAGCUCUAAGACGACGAAAUUUGUGCGAGGCCUGCUUGUCUUCUUUAGCUUGUAUGUGUACCGGUAUGGCGCACCUGCCCUCAUCUCCACUGUGGACAGCAUACAAGCCAAGAUGUUUGGCAUGGUUCUUGAGAGGCUCGUCAUCAGUGAUGUCCAGAAAGUCACAGGCCAGUUGGAACGAAAGAUCUGUGCUGUAGGCAUCACCAAGCUCCUUACAGAGGCCCCCGCUCUCAUUGAUGGGGAGUACUCACACUUUUGGGGCCCCCUGCUACAGGCACUGAUUGACCUCUUUGAACUGCCUGAAGAUGACAGCGUGCCAGAUGAUGAACACUUUGUCGAGAUUGAGGACACUCCUGGCUACCAAACAGCUUACUCACAACUGAUCUUUGCAGGCAAGAAGGAGCAUGACCCGUUCAAGGGAAGUAUCCCAGAUGCACGGUUGCAUCUUGUGCAGAGCCUACAGAAACUUUCAGCCGCCUGUCCUGGCCGCUUGGCACCCCUCAUCAACAGCUCACUGCAGCCAGCAGCCAACAACUUUCUGCAGCGCUACUUUCAGAUGGCCAAUGUGCAGCUCCUGUGAGCGUUAGCCUUCCCUUGAUAUGUGUGGCUUCUACACAAGAAUUGCAGGUUAGCUAUGUCAACUGGAAUGUGACCUGCUUAGCACUGACUGCAGCUUAGCAGAGUUUGCCAAAGUGCUGACAGCCCUCAUGCAAAAUAUGUGAAGCCCAAUUUCCACUUGUGAAUGUGCAUAACCGUGUACUUCAUUGGGCUGGACUGCUUGUUAAUAAUGUAAGAACUUUACUUUUUUUUUUUCUGUAUGAAAUAGAAAGUGUCCAAACAUUU